AUGCCCUCCCAAUUGACGCUUGUCGUGUUGACCAUGUUGACAACGGUAGCCACGCCCGCGACCCUUCGCCGAGUCGCUACUGCUUCAUCGUCGUCUGGAGGUGGAACCCUUCUGUUUGUCGUACUCGUCACGUUGUUGGUCGUGCUCCUCCUGGUGGCUGGUGUCGUCAUCCUUUCCUGCCACCGAUACCGCGGCAACGCCGAGAUGAAACAAGAUUUGGACUGCCCCAUCGAUUGCAUGUCAACGACGUCCCAACGAGGCCAAGCAUUCCUCUCGUCCGUCUUUCUUCAAGAACUCAAGACGCAGCAUCCUGCGAUUUCGGUGGGGGAUCUCACGUCGACUGCCGUUCUUCCGUCCGCCACCACAGCCAUGCGCUUGCAGCAAUCGACCGCAACAACAUCACGAUUACAGUCCUUGGCGGACAUCCGGUCGUCGGAACUGUGUCGUACGGGGUUGGGCUCCGUCGAUGACAGGUCGUCGAUCAUGGAAUCGUCCUCCAACAUCCUUGGAUCGAUCCGUACGGAGCAAACGCUCUCCAGCUCGAGCGUUUUGAGCACAUUCCUAAGUCACGAAACUACAAGCCUUGAUGGAAUGAGCACAUUUCGCAGCCAGGACACGUCCAGCGUGGACGAUGGUGUCGUGGUCAUCAGUGGCGGGCGCCAUAGCGACCUCUGCGACCAAGAGCAACAGCACGUGUCCGAUCCUGACUCCACUGAGUCUGAGGGAGAAGGUAUCUCGUUCCACGACGCGCCGUCGCCUUGGUCGAUUUUACAGGAAGACGUGACCAUUUUCCGACCGCACAUGUCAGACCUAACGAGCAGCAGCCGUGGCCUCAACCAACUGGAGUACUACCAGUGGGCACGCGCUAUCGUUGCCAAUGGUGGUGUUUGA